AUGUCUGCCCGCAUUGCUGCCUUCUUCGGCACGCUGUCCCUCGUGGCCGCUGCUGCCAUUCCCGAUAGUGCUGCCACCAGCAUUAUCGAGAGAGACGUUGUCAUCCUCGGUGGAGGUGCUUCUGGUUCACACGCUGCCGUCAGACUUCGUGAGGACUACAACAAGACAGUCGUUGUCGUAGAGAAGAACAAUCGCCUGGGAGGUCACGUCUCAACCUACGACGACCCCGAGACCGAGAAGCCCUACGAUGUCGGCGUCUACUCGUACACCGACUACCCUGGUGCUCGCGAGUUUUUUGAGCGCUUCAAUAUUCCCAUUCAGGACCCCGUUCGUCUUACUUUGACGACUACCUACGCCAACUUUGCGACCGGCAAGCGCGUCAACUACACGGCUCCUGCAUACGCCUCCACCCAAGCCGGUCUCGCAACGUAUCUCGAGCUGUGCGCGAAGUACGAAGAAUACAUCCUCCCUUCCUACGUCAAGUUCCCUACCGCCAGCGAGGGCAUUCCCGAGGACCUGACCCUCAAGUUCUCGGACUUCGUGGCGAAGUACAAGCUCGAGGCUGCUGUUCCUCGCGUCUUCCAGGUGACUGGCCUGGGAAUGGGCAACCUUGGUGACCAAACCACCCUGUACGUUAUGCAGGCUUUCGGUGCUCCCAUCGUUCGAUCCUUGUUGGGCCAGAUCGGAUCAUUCGUUCCCGUGUCUCUGAGAAACCAAGACAUCUACGACGCUAUCGCCGAGCUUCUCGGUGACGAUGUGCUCUACUCCUCCACUGCCAUCAAGACCGCCCGCACUGACGAGGGCGUCGAGGUCCUGGUCAAGGGCGCCGACAACACCCGUACCCUCAUCCGCGCGAAGAAGCUUCUGAUCUCUUUUGAGCCCACCCUUGACAACCUCAACGGUAUCGACAUCGAUGAAGAAGAGACCGCCGUCUUCGGAAAGUGGCAAUGGUCUUCCGUCUACGCCGGUGUCGUUUCCCACUCGUCUCUCCCCGACAUGACGGCGUACACCAACAUCGUUCCCGGAAACUGGCUCUCUCUUCCUCGCACUCCCUUCGUCGAUGGACUCUCGUACCUCGGUUCCAACAACUUCCGCGUCCUCGUCUCCGCUACCGGCGACCUCGACAGCUGCGAGGCCCAGAAGAUGGUCAAGAAGUCCAUUCAGCUCCUCGCUGAGCAGGGCACUAUUGCCAGCCUCGGCACCGAGCGCCCGAACAUCAAGUACUGGGCGAACCACGGCGCCAUGCAUCUUCACGUCUCUCCUGAGGAGCUUAAGGCUGGCUUUAUCACCAACCUUUACGCCCUCCAGGGCCGCAAGAGUACCUUCUUCACUGGUGGUGCUUGGACUGCGCAGUUUUCCACCAUUCUGUGGGAGUUCAACAACCAGUUCGUCCUGCCCAAGCUGUUGGCAGAGUUCUGA